AUGUCAAGUUUUGAUAUCAAUAAAGAUUAUCUUUUAUCACCUAUUGCAUUAAAAAAUCUUCUUUAUAUUUAUCGUUUAUUUGAAAACAAUGAUUCUAUCGAAUUUGAAAAGAAAACAUAUGAAUUAACAAAUCAAGAUGAUGUACAACUUUUUCUUUAUCUUAAAGCAAUAAUGAAAACGAAAAAUGAUCAAUCAAACAGCGAAUCUUUGUUCAAUAUUAUAAGUCAACUACUUGUUCUUCAUGUAGCUCUUUUGAUUCGUUUAUCAUUAAUUGAUUGUCAUCUUCUAUCAAAAUUUCCUUCAAUCACAUUUAAUUCCAUAUUUUCUCAAUUGACUAAUCAAUUUCAAGAACAUCUUACAUCAUGUCUAUACUUAUAUUCUUCAUUAUUAUUGUAUUCAAAAGUAGUUGAUAUAUUUGAUGGACGACUUUUCGCUUUUACUCUCUAUCAACUCAAACAAUCAUCAUCAAAAAUGAAAUUUGAUUCAAAUACAAUGAAUAUUGUCAAAAAAAAAGUUUAA